AUGGAGCAACGAAAGGCCGAGAUAGCCGCAAAGAAGGCGAAGCUCGCCGAGAUCAAACGUCGAAAUCAGGAACGGCAACAGUCCCUAUCAAGCUCCAGACGAAGCCCAGAUGUUAGUAAGACUGAAUUAAGCUCUUUCCCUCUAUAAGCCAAAACUUGUGUUGGAAUUGGCCCGGGCUAACCGGCGGGAUCUCACCGUCUGUUCCGACAUAGCUCACAUCUCCUCAUCCUCGAUCCUACAAUAACCGGCAGAGCGUCGAGGAACUGGUGGCUGGUCUGGUGGGCGAACGGCCGUCGUCUACGGGGCCGGGUGGGAUUAGGGGCAGUAGUAGGCCCGGCUCCGUAGUGUCUGUUGCCGAGAGUGGAAUCUCGGAGGCUCCUUCCCCUACAAUUCACUCGUAAGAGAGCUCUGAAAAUUGUUACCCCUGCCGAUAAUGUUUCUGAUUGUGGCUUUAGUCUUAGCGGCCUUACUAUGACCUCGGGGAUUGCGGCCGACGGCACACCCCUCACAUUACAAAACAUUUCUACUGCACCUCUCACGGUUUUAUAUGACGAGCCACCGUCACCUGUUCGCGAGAUCGUGACAUAUAGUAAGGAGGUACAGACCUCCGAGGCUUGGACAGAAGCGGAUGGAGGGGAUGAUGAAAAGGGUUCCCUCAAGACGGAUGAGGAGCUACGGGAGCGGAUGCGGCAGGAAAUCGUGGAAGAGCUUAAGCAGCUGAAAGCUACAGAUUCCGAGGAGCAAGAUGAGAAAGCUGAUGGAGAAACUGCCAAUGGGGGUUUUUUUGUCAGGGAAUUAUCGGACGAGGAGAAGGCAGCUAUUACAGCUUCUGAAGAGUUUGUCGACUUCAUUGAAAGGUCUUCGAAGGUUGUGGAAAGAGCUUUGGACAUGGAAUACGAUGUGUUGGCGGACUACGGUUUGGGUGUGAACGGGGAGGACGAGGAACAGGCUGGAAGGAAGCUUAAAGAGGUUGCCCAAUUCUACGAUGAGAGGUGGUCAAAGAAGCGGAUGAUAAGCGAUAUCAAUUACUCACCAAAGGUAUUAGUGUUUGGUUCCGAGACGGGUUGGGAGAAUUUGUGAUAACUGAUUUUCUGAAACAGUUUCCAGAAUUGCUUUUGGCUUCUUACACCAAGAACCCUUCGGCGCCACAUGAUCCCGACGGUUUGGUUCAGGUCUGGAAUAUACAUUUGCACGAUAGACCCGAAUACGUGUUUCACGCUCAGGUUUGUUUCUUCUCCGCCUUUAGGUGUACCGCUCGGGGUUUAACAUGCGGCAUAGAGUGACGUUCUGACAGCCCGGUUCUCACCUUUCCAUCCCAACCUGAUUGUAGGAGGUGCCUACAGCGGUCAGGUUCUGCUAUGGGACACCCGUGCCAAAUCACAACCGGUAUUGAAGACUCCCCUAACAGGCUCAGGUCACACACAUCCGGUAUAUUCGGUUUCGGUUAUUGGAACACAAAACGCGAACAACAUCCUAAGUUGCUCUACCGACGGAGUGGUCUGCGGCUGGACAGUGGACAUGCUCGCACAGCCGCAGGAAUUGCUGGAACUAGCCACUCCCGUUCCUUCAAAGACCGAUGAUCUCAGUCCCACGUGCAUGGCAUUCCCCCACUCUGACCCAACCUACUUCCUCGUCGGGACAGAAGAGGGCACAAUAUACCCCUGUCACCGCUACGACCGAGCCGGUGCAAAGGCGGGAGUGGAGCCACGUAUUUCAUACAAGGGACAUGCGGGACCUGUCAUGUCCGUGGACUUCCACCCUGUCCGUGGCCCCGUAGACCUGGGUGACCUGGUCCUCAGCAGCUCACUGGAUUGGAGCGUUAAACUCUGGAAAGCCCGCCCUCCAGCCGCUACAACUGCAACGGCAAACGGAACACCACAAGCCGCCGCACCAAUAAUGGAAUUCAGCAGAGAAGACGUCGUCUACGACGCUGCCUGGAGCCCAACCAAACCUGGCGUAUUCGGCCUAGUGGACGGAGCGGGCCAGCUGGAGAUUUGGGAUAUCACUGUGGACACGGAGGUACCCAUUGCUAAAGCCUCGCCAAGUUCUAGAGUUGGGGCCACCCACCUAACCAAGAGUUUGAACAAGAUUGCUUGGGAGGAACAUGAUGGAAAGAGGGUUGCAGUGGGAGGGCUAGAUGGUAUGGUGACCGUUUUCGAAGUUGCGAUGGACCCGCCAAGGAACGAGGAAUGGGCGAGUGUUAAGAGGUUGAUUGGCAGGACGGAGGGGGUGGUGCAGGGGAAGUAGUUUUGGCGGUGUGUCUAUGGGGGAGCGUUUGUGUUUUUAGUUUGGAAGAUGGGGGGGAAUUCGUGAUGCAUUCAUAAUAAGCUUCCACGGGUUCUAUUUAUUUUAUCAUUAAAUUUUUUAUCUUUUUAUCUAUCUUUUUAUCUCUUUAUCUUUUUUUUUAUUUUUUAUUUUUUUAGUAAAUUUUACUUUGCAGGCCGGCCGAUACCAUGUUGUACGCUGCGGCACCUGGGG